AUGUCGCUAAUCACACUCCCCAACGAAUUGAUACAGCAAAUCGUCGCUGAACUGGACUCACAAAAGUAUUUUAAUAACAUCGUCCGCACAUGCCGAUUCUUCCACGAGUCUUUUAACGACCUAUUGUACGAACAUGAAAUACGCCGUGAUGGCGGCCAUGCAGUGAUGCUCUACGCCGCGCAGAUGGGACAGACUCGUACCAUACACGAGCUUUUACGGAUCUCCGCCAACAGCACUCAAGGUCUGCGACUCAGUCCAAAUCCGCCGCUUCCCAAGAGUUGGAGUCCACUCCUUUGGUCGGCCAUCCGCGGGGACGAGGACAUGGCCAAGCUGCUUCUGAGUAUGGAAGACAUCGAUGUCGACAUCAGAUAUCCAAAAAAGCGGACCCCGCUCUCAAUUGCUGCCGAACUAGGAUUUGUUGGUGUUGUCCGGUUGCUUUUGGCCGCGGGGGCCGAUCCAAACACCAAAGACGACCUCAUGCGAACACCACUACACUGGGCAGGGUCCCCUCAACUUGCGGGUGAGAGUUGUGCUUCGCAUCAACAAAAUUGGUUCAGGAAAGAUGCACAAAAUCCUAAACGCAAUCUCCACUGUCCGUUAGCCGUUUAUUUCGAGCAAGAUAUCAUCGGCUCCGAACUUUGGAAUAAAGAAGAAGGAAAGAGAAUGGAGCACAGCGCGUUUCCCGAUGACACACACUGGAAACCUUUAAUCCAACCCAAUUUAACAUCCGCAUUGUGGUCGGCAGGUUCAAGUUAUAAGGAAAUAUUGAAUCUCCAUCUCCAAUAUGGCGCCCAACUCGGAUUAACGGACGAUGAAGGUCGAACGCCGUUAUUGUGGGCAGCAGCUUGUGGAUACCGGCCUUUAGUAGAGCUCCUUCUCGACAGCAGUAUCGCUCUUCAGUCCUUGGAACCAGUUAAGAAACUUUCGAAGACUGUCCAGGAAGGAAUAAAUUGCAAAAAGGUAACCAAGAGCCCGGUAAAUCGAAAUACCUUUCCUGAAACUGAAACUGAUGAUGACUCUCAGUCGGCCCUAUCUUAUGCCGCACAGAAUGGCCACCUCGACACUGUACAGUUCCUUGUUGAAAGAUCUACACAACGGGACUCGCUCUGCAAUGACCCAGACUGGGCUCCCCUGGUGUCGGCAGCAAGGGAAGGCCAUGUGGAUAUAGUGAAAUUCUUGCUAUCGGUGCAUAGCCAAAGAUGGCCCGAGCAGUCCCUUGGUUCUGCAGCUAUGAUAGAGGCUGCGCGCAGGGGGAAGACGGAAAUAAUACCGUUGCUGAUCGAAGCCGGGGCAAAGUUCAAAGGGUCUGGAAACCCUGAUUUGAUGAACCCGCUCCAUUUUGCGGCAAUGAACAUGCACGUCGAUACCGUUAGAUUUCUCCUUGAUAUACCGAAUGUCGAUGUGAAUACCCCCGAUAAGCAUGGCUGGACUGCACUCGACUGGACUGCAAGAGGCCAAAUCGGGGUUCGGAAAUACAUGAAGGACGACACAAUCAAAAACAUGCUACUUGAUCGCGGAGCUUCCCCGUCAUCACUGACGAGGGAAAUGCUUGAUAGGCCACCACACUAUUUCCUCUGGAGAGGUAGUUCAGGCUGUACUUUUGGACCAUGUUACGGUUCUUCCUAUAACCCAGUUUCUUUCAGAUGUGAUUGGGACUCUCUUGCUCAAGGCAAAAAGAUGCGAGACUUACCGUAUAGCGAUGAAAUUGCCGAUCCCCAUUGGACACCUCCUAUGUCAGAAGAAAUGAGAAAGGCAUUUGAAGGAUGGAGUUAUAACAGACCUCUAGAUCUGGCGACUUUUGGUGCACCAGUUGAGUAA